GAAAGCGAAAGUGGUCGUUGACAGCCGCUUGUUUUUAGGUCGCUCAUUUAAUGGCAGAGAAUGGCAAAAUAUCCAUAUCUAGGCAACGAUGGAAGCUUCUUGCGCAGGUUAUCACUCGUCAGCCAGAUUAUCUGAGUGACCCAGAAAACAACUCCGUGUCUGUCCGCCGCUUCAACAACUUUGGCUUACUGGAGGUCAGAGUUCAUGAAGAUGGGAUUAGCAAAGACUCCAACUCUGUCUGGCUUGAGUAUUCAUCUAAGGAUUUUGCGGACAUCUCCUGUGUUAUCAGACAACUACAGGGCAAUGUCACACUGGAUACAUUGCUGGGCUUCAACAACACAGGCAAUGUGUGUGUAUGGCCCUCAGAAGAAGUCAUGGCUUAUUACUGUCUGAAACACAGGGAAGACUUCAGGUCCAAAGUGGUUUGUGAAGUUGGAGGAGGGAUGACCUGUUUAGCUGGCGUGUUUACAGCAGUUUGUACAGAAGCUGCAGAAGUGGUCCUGACAGAUGGCAACGAAGAGUCAGUGAACAACCUGACUUACACAGUUGCUAGAAACCAGCAGUCUGUUGGCUCCACUAAGUGCUCAGCUAGAUUACUACGCUGGGGCCCAGAUUUGAACAUGCCAGAAUUAGAGUCUAAGUUUGACUCUAUUCUGUGUGCUGAUUGUUUGUUCUUUGAUGAAGGCAGAGAGCACCUAGUAAAUAUGCUGUCCUUGAUGCUGAAGCCAGGGGGCCAAGCCCUAAUGUUCGCACCCACCAGGGGAAAUACAUUCCAUGAGUUUACAAAACUUGCCCUGAAAACUUUCGAACUUGAAGUAAAGAAAAAUUAUGAUGAUAUAGUUUGGAAUCUUCAUCAAAAGUUUUUGUCACAGGGCAAUGAUGUGUAUGUUGAGAACCUACAUUACCCAGUCAUGCUUGUGCUGACCAAACCGAUGCCUUAACAACCACCACCAGUUGUUUUUUGAGAAUUUUCUUCUAAAAUUUGGGACAGAUAUUAGUAGAGUUGAAAGUAGAUGAUUACAUUUCUUUACCAGCCUUUUGGAAAAGUGAAGAUAUGUGUAUGUUGUUCAUCAGAUGAUCUAACCAUGUGAGGAAAAAGAAACUCAUUAUUCCUGCUAUAGUUACAUAUAUAUUGGCUAAAAUGAGCAGACCAGGUGUCCCAAAAAUUAGAAGAAAUAGGGUACCUUUUCUUGACAUGCAAAAUACCCAUAAUGCAAAGUACCCAUAAUGCUACAUCUACAUGCUCACAACAACUACCAUGGCGAGAUAAUUACUGUAGGUGCAAUGUUGCAGUGGUAGUUGUUGGUAUAUGUAGGUAAGGUGUGGUUUUUGCAAAACAGAUGCAACAUUCAUAUGUAGAUCCACAUGUAUUUAGAAAAGCUGAAAAAUAAUUUUGUCUUCUUAUAGAGUAUGUAUUUUCUGACAAGAUUUUUGUUCCAUUUCCUAGAACUCUUGUUGAUGAUAUUUUACAAGACCAUGUAGAUGGCCAUAUCAGUAUAUUCCAUCCAUGUUGAUGUCUGAUGUAACAUUACAUAUAUAUGCCUAUAUAGCUCUGCCAUUUGUUCUAUAAAGAAUAUUUAAUCUUUUAAUUAACUUAGUUUUGGAGAACAAGCUGUGGCCCUAGAGUUAACAUGCAAGCAUUUUCAGUAGCAAGGGCCAACAAAGUGUGGGUUCAAACCUGGUAUGGACAAGCAACUUGUAGAUUGCCUUGAUCCCAUUGUUUGUAGAACCUUGCCGACGGUAAGUUAUCGAACAAAGCUUAUUUAAGCAGGCUAACACGACCGCUCAUUUUCCUCCAAUAUGGAAUGUACACUGUACGUGGAAAAAGUUCAUCUGUAAUUUGCCAAAGAUCCGUGGAUUGCCGUCAACUCACAAAACUGAUUGCCAUAAAAUAAUUGAAAAAAUCAUACAGGGGAAGGCCUGGCAGCAACCUGUAGAUUAUUGUGGGUUUCCCUCGGGCUCUGCCCAGUUUCCUUCCAUUGUAAUGCUGGGCACCAUUGUAUAAAUGAAAUAUUCUUUAGUGCGGCAAUAAAAUACCUAUCAAAUAAAUAAGUCAUGCCCGUGACAAAUGGGCUACUGGUUUUUUUCUGCCAUAUCUGGAUUUUCUACCCAGACUCACCACUGUCAUCAUGUAAUUGAAAAAUUUAAAAGAGUAACAUUAAACACCAACAGAUAAAUAAAUAAAAGCCCAAUGAUUCUGUAUUAGGAUGUGAAUGAUGUUACAAUAUGUAAAAAUCUAACAUAUUUUGUGGUCCACAGAUCAAUAAUCUGCCUUAGGUGCUAUAUUCCUUUGUUGUCAAACCAAAGAGUGACAGCUCAUUUUCCAUGUUCCUUCCAUACCCAACACAUUGAUGGUCAUUUUAUAUUUUCUGGUACCAUUAAGAUAAUGAAAUGGUGAAAUGGAUCACAUUAGUAGUAUAUUUAAAAAAUUAUUUGUUUCAUGUACAUAAAUGAUCUUGAAUGCCCCACCUAUACCAUUGACAUUGUAGGACCUUUAACACACUGUAUAUUUAAAUAUGAGUCUUGAUGUAAAUAGUAAACAUAUAUCUAUAAACAUGGUAUAAAUCAGAGCUUAGAUGUACUGAGGUAAUUUAUUUGUAUGGUGUUACAUGGGCUCAGGCUUAGUCAUUUAACAACACUGGUGGUAUAGCCUGUUCAGGCUUAGCUAAUUUUCUACUGUGGUUGUAUCUGAGGUUAAUCCUAGGUUGUACGCAUUAGUUCAGGAUUAGUCAUUUGGCUACUUUGGCUGUAUAUAUUAGUUCAGGCUUAGUCAUUUGGCUACUCUGGCUGUACAAAAUAGUUCAGGCUUAGUCAUUUGGGUACUCUGGCUGUACACAAUAGUUCAGGCUUAGUCAUUUGGCUACUCUGGCUGUAUACAUUAGUUCAGGCUUAGUCAUUUGGCUACUCUGGCUGUAUACAUUCGUUCAGCUUAGUCAUUUGGAAACUCUGGCGGUAUACAUUAGCUCUGACAAAUUCAUUUUGCUAUCCUUUCAUUACACAUUCGUUCAGUGUCACUUCCAUCCAGAUGUUAUCUUCCACAAAACAAGUCAAGAUGAAAAAGUUUUUAAUGGCACUCUACCCAGCAUUCCCUGUCAUUGUGAUAUCCUGUCAUUGAUUUAUGUGUCAUCAGGUUGUGUUUUGAAAAGAAUCAAAGUAAACUGUUUGGCCCUGUAUGUCUCAGAUUCAUGAUGUUAUCAUAAUAUUGCUAGUGACACUCUCCUCACAUCAAAGUUCAGAUAGUACAGAGCUCGGACAUUGGUUGACCAUGCUCCCAUGACUAUACAUGUACAUAUUCCAUACACUCUGCUGGAAGAAUCUCACAUCUGGGUAUUAUAGUUAUGAUGUUAUUUAUUCUGACUCAGUUUUGGAUUAUAUAUUUGCUUAUUUAUUCAUUUUACGUACUAUAUUGAAAUCGGUAAAUUUGUGACCUCUACCAGUACUGUAUAACAGUCAAAUGGAUAAAAUCAAAAUAGAUGUUAGGUCUGUCGGACAAGCCAAAAGUUCAUUUCAGUAAGCAUUGAUCUUGAGAGAAUUCUUAAACUGUGUGCUACUUUCGUAAAUGGUUGCUGUGUAUUUCCGACGCCUUAAAAUUGUUUCAAAAGAUUUGUAUGAUUUGAUGACUCAUGUGCUGUGGUUGUUCAUUGGAUUUAAUUGUUUUGAUUUAAUUCUUUUGAUCUCUAUGUUUAAUCGAUUUCAGAAUUGGUUCCAAUUUCUUUCUGGACUGUUCAUAAAAAACGGUUUCAGUCCAGU